AUGGCCGCCUCUAGAGGUGAAGUUUAUCAGCGACAGAGGCAAAGAAAUCCGCUAACUGAUGCAAAUGAUGACAAUAUUAGGCAGAAACAAAAAGCUGUUGAGAAACUACUUGGUAUGGAAAUCAAGCCAACGAGGAUUUGUGAAAAAACAUCGACCGGUUCAGGAGAAAUUAGACCGAGUUCCCGCGAGUACACGGAAGCCGUUUCGCGAUGGAUAUCGGAGUACCGAAUGUUCCAAGGGAUGUGCUUUAAUAUAUCCUUGUUGAAUCCAAUGACAUUUCAAUCGCCUAUACCACCAGCGACGGGAUUCGGCAUCCCAUCCAAUGCACAGAACGGUUUUGUGCCUUCGUUUGGGCAAAACAACGUCCAAUUCCCAGGUCAACAACAGACUCCAUCGACGCCGCACCCGUUUCAUCAAAGACAAGAAACCACGCAAACGCAAGAAUUACAAUGGAAAGAAUACCAAGUACCAUCAAUUUACAGAAGAAUUGCAGCAGAAUUUAUUGAUUUUAUUAUACUAUUUACUGUCAAAGUUCUCUUAACUUUGUUUCUAAUGGAUUACACUGAUGCAAUUGGGGACCAGACAGAUUUCACAAUGAAAUUCUUACUUGAAGAAUUAGAUGAAGAAGCCACAAUUGAUGAUUUACAACAGAUGUUGGUUAUGGCGACAGUUUAUAGAUUGUCUGUCUGUGUUUAUGAGACCAUCUUUCUUACGAGAGGUGUACGAUACUUUGGUGGUGCCACCCCAGGCAAGUAUCUGAUGGGACUACGUGUAAUAUCUAGCGAUCGUGUUGUAAAUUUAGGUAGUGAAAAAGUACUGGUGUUCAAUGGCAAAGAUAUUGGAAUGCUCAGUGCAUUGGUGCGUUCCUUAAUCAAGAACUUCUCGAUGGCAUUUUUCUUUCCUGUGUAUAUGACAAUUCUUUUUUAUCAUCACAAUCGAGGUGUCUAUGACAUCAUAGCUGGCACUAUGGUGGUCACUGGACCAAAAUAUCGCCGCCAGAACUAGUGCCAAAAUGAAGCGUGCCGACUGUGGUGCUUUAAGCACCGUUGCCUAGAUACUAUCAGCCGUGUGAAUAUUUAGCCUGAUGAUGCAUAAUAAUAAGUAAAAUG